UCUAGGUAGGAUGUACGAGUAUCUAGGUAUCACAGGAGCUAUCCUGUUCUUUGCCACUAUGAUAUCAAACCACUUCCUCCCCCCUCCCAAACCAGUAAUGGUGGGUGUGGACCUGGGGACCACAUACAGUUGUGUGGGCGUGUUCCAGCCCGGGUCUGGCGAGGUUCAUAUACUGCGUGAUGACGCAGGAAAGCAGACAAUACCAAGUAUAGUAGGGUACCCAAACCAACACACAGUGUAUACAGGACACACAGCGGAGAGACAAAUCAAGACAAACCCUCACAGAACCAUAUACGAUGCUAAACGCUUUAUUGGCAAGAACUUUACUCAGGAACAACUAGACGAAUUGCAAGAGCUAUACAGCUUUAAGUUGACUAGUGUGAACAACCAACCUUAUUUCUACAUAAAGUUCGAUAACGGCGAGGAGAGGAAUCUGCGACCUGAGGACAUCGGAGCAGAAAUACUGAGGGAACUGAAGAAAACAGCCGAGGACAGAGUCGAUACAAGUAUUAACAUGGGAGUUAUGAGCGUUCCUGCUGAUUUUAACUGGGAUCAGAGGAAUUACACGGCUAAAGCGGGGCAGUUAGCUGGCUUGAAGAUUAAGAGGAUUAUUAGUGAACCUACUGCUGCUGCCAUGGCUUAUGGGCUCCACAAGAAGGACGACGCAUCCUACAUAAUGGUAGUUGACAUUGGUGGUGGAACAUCAGAUGUAUCUAUUCUCUUUACUAACGGACCUAUGUUCGCUACUGUGGCUCUAGCAGGAAAUAACAGGCUAGGAGGACAGGAUUUCAAUGAGGUACUGUACAACUAUCUGCUUGACAGAGCACAGACAGACUUCAACGUGGACCAGGGUCAUCUCACUGAUUUCGACCAUCAGAUACUACGAGAAACGUGCGAAGAAAUAAAGUUAAAGCUAAGUGUAGAUGAGGUUAUGAUUGUAGAUAUAACUUUACAGCAGGGUACAAGACCUGUAAACAUUGUUAUAACCGUGACAAGACAGAUGUUUGAAGAUAUUAACAAACACUUGUUUGAUAAGGUAUUGGAACCUAUAAAAGCUACGCUAGAGUACGCUGAACUACGCACAUCAGAUAUUAGUGAUAUUGUAUUAGUUGGUGGAAGCACUAGGAUACCUAGGAUCCGGGAACUUAUUACUAAAUAUUUCGAUGGAAAGGAGUUGAACACCUCGAUAGACCCAGAGUUAGCUGUAUGUACAGGAGUAGCGCUCCAGGCUGGAAUUGAGAGUCACUCCUGGCCCCUUCAAGUAGCUGCAUUAGAGGUUAACUCUGGAGUUAAGAAGAUCAGUCUGCAGUAGCUAAUAUAUUCAGUUUUAGUGAGACUCAGAUAUGUUUUUAUUUGUUAGGUUUUAAUUUUAAUAGUGAAGGCUGGUCCGAUUUGUGUUUUUGUUACCUUAGUUUGUGGCUAGAUUUAUUUAUUUAAUUAGUUGUUUAUAUUAACAGAUUAGUUUCUUCUGUAGCCAGUCCGUAGUCGGCAGAUGCGCGCACCAUCAAUUGAUAAUUAGUUAGGGUAUUUAUCAAUUGAUAAAUAGUUAGGAUUGCUGUUUGUGUUUUUAAGGGGUCUUUAAAUAUUGAUUUUAAGUUAUUCAUUACUCUGCCUCUAAAUCUUCGUGUUUCCAACUUAACUUAAUCCAAAUUAAUGGUUAAUUUGAUGUAGCAAUAUUGUUAAGAUAAUGGAUAAUUACGAUUAAACUAAUUAUAAUUUAAUGAAGUUACAGUGUGUGUAAUUGUUCAGUGAUUUCCAUUUUAAUUGUAUUAUAUUAUUCGACAGAACUUCAAACUA